CUGGAUGUCCUGUUGGCGGAUGACGGCCUCGUAGUAGUGCUUCACUGCCUCUCAAGCGCCCACUGCUGCUCCCAUUCCCGGUGCUCCUCCUCAGCGCGGAGCUGGGCAGCGUCGCCGGCAAACCGCAGGGGCUCCACCUGCUGCAGCUGUUUGCCGCCGUCCAGCGCGACGGCGAGCUUUUGACGGCGGCGUUGCUCCUCGACGUUGAUGAGGAUGUAAAGGCUGCCGAGGACCUGCAGCGCACCACACAGCAGACAGACAGACAGACGGACGGACAGAGGGCGAGACACGGAGACAUGAGAAGUGCGUGCUGGUCUAUGUGAGCUGAACACGUGCUCUGCUCACCGCUCCGGCUCCCGCUAGAAGAAACCACCAAAUGGCACCUCCUGCCGUCUCCGGCUUGCGGAGGUGGGGGGAAGCUGUCGCCAUGGCUGCUCCUUGGGUGGUGGUCCGCGCCUGUCGCUUGCGGAGGUGGGGGGAAGCCGUCGCCAUGGCUGCUCCUUGGGUGGCCAUCCGCGCCUCUUUGUUCUGAGCGAGACAGAUAUUGACCAGAGGCAUGAGCGCGUGUCUGUGUCUGUUCGUCUUCUCUUAUCCCUGUGUCGACGAUGCUCCUUGGGUGGCCAUCCGCGCCUCUUUGUUCUGAGCGAGACAGAUAUUGACCAGAGGCAUGAGCGCGUGUCUGUGUCUGUUCGUCUUCUCUUCUCCCUGUGUCGACGAUGCUCCUUGGGUCCGCGUCGGUUGCGGUGCCACCUCUUCUACCUCGCUGGCGUUGUCGUGC